GACUCCCUCAGCCUAUAUAAGUCAUGCACAUGCAUGUUGUUUGAGUCUGUAAGUAGUCUCAGCGGACUACACUUGUAACUGCUGAGCUUCUGCUACCUCAGCUAUUAACACAGAUUCUUAGGAUUAAGUUUACAUGCAAAUGCCAGGUAGAAGCAUCUAGGAUUAAGGAAGAACUCAUGCAUGUUUUUAAGGUGGACAUUAUUGACCAAGAUUCAACAUUGAGCAUUUGAUUGCAAACACAAGGAUGAAAGUGGCUGUGCUGGUUUUUAUUCUCCUGUCCUCUCUUGGUGUGGUGGUGUCAGGAAAAGUUUUCCAGACUUUGUCCCACCUUAAGCCACAGUACAGGGAUGAGGUUCAGACCUCUGCUGUUCAGGAUCUCCUCCAUCGGUUGAUUGGUGACCGUGCUGAUGAGUUUGUUGUCACCGUAAACAGCUCCUUGGCUGGAAUUGAGGGUCUGGACACUUAUCAGCUGAGUUCUGUGGGUGGAGGUAAAGUGGCUGUGGUGGGCACCACUGGGGUAGCUGCUGCCACAGGAUGUUACAGCUAUUUAAAAAAGUUCUGUGGGUGUCACAUUUCCUGGUCAGGAGUCCAGAUGCAAGUCCCAUCACCUCUGCCGCAAGUGCCUUCAACUAUCACACUGAAAACACCUAACAGAUUUCGCUAUUAUCAAAACGUCUGCACUUCCAGUUACUCAUUUGUGUGGUGGGACUGGGAUAGAUGGGAGAGGGAGAUAGACUGGAUGGCACUUAAUGGAAUCAACAUGCCCCUUGCAUUCACAGGCCAAGAGGCUAUAUGGCAACAGGUAUUCUUGACUUUGGGAUUAAUUCAGUCAGAGAUAGAUGACUUUUUCACUGGUCCUGCUUUUCUAGCCUGGGGUCGGAUGGGAAAUAUUCAUACUUGGGGUGGGCCUUUGUCCUCCAACUGGAUGCAGAAACAGCUUUCCCUGCAGAACAAGAUUGUAGAGAGGAUGAGGUCUCUUGGAAUGAUCACAGUGCUGCCUGCAUUUGCUGGACAUAUACCACAAGGUCUGCUAAGGGUAUUUCCUAAUAUGAAUGUGACUAGACUUGGUGGAUGGAGCAACUUCAAUUGUACAUAUUCAUGCAGUUAUCUACUGGACCCAGAGGAUCCCCUUUUCCAGAAGAUUGGAGGACUCUUUAUGACUGAAAUGAUUCGCAAAUUUGGAACUGACCAUAUUUACAAUGCAGACACAUUCAACGAAAUGACCCCAAGUUCUUCUGAUCCAGCCUAUCUAUCUGCAAUCAGUAGUGUCAUCUUUAAGUCCAUGGUUAAUGUGGAUCCCGGAGCCAUCUGGUUAAUGCAGGGCUGGUUGUUUGUUAAUAAUCCAUCCUUCUGGAAACCAGCACAGAUUCGUGCACUACUUCAUGGAGCACCCAUUGGUAAAAUAAUUGUCCUGGACUUGUUUGCAGAGACCUCAUCAGUUUACCAGUUAACAGAGUCUUUCUUUGGGCAACCUUUUAUUUGGUGCAUGCUGCAUAACUUUGGUGGCAACCAUGGUUUAUAUGGAACAGUUGAAGCUGUCAACAAUGGACCUUUCGAGGCUAUGUCAUUCAAAAACUCCACCAUGGUUGGAACAGGACUUACCCCAGAAGGUAUUGAACAAAAUGACAUGAUAUAUGAACUGAUGAACGAGAUUGGUUGGAGAUCCAAGCCCCUUAACCUUACCGAGUGGAUUUUAAAUUAUUCCACCAGACGUUAUGGACAGAAGAACCCCAAUGCUCUGACUGCAUGGCAGCUUCUUCUUAGAAGUGUCUACAACUGUACCCAAGAUUGGAAGGACCAUAAUCACAGCCCUUUAGUAAGACGACCGUCUCUCAAGAUGAACAUAGCAGUCUGCUAUAAUGAAAGCCAACUCUUUGAAGCUUGGAAAUUUAUGUAUUAUGCAUCUUCUUCCCUGUCAAACAGUAGCACAUUUCUGUAUGAUCUAGUGGAUGUUACUAGAGAAGCUGUGCAGCAGUUGGUAACUCACUAUUAUAUAGACCUUAAGAUGUCUUAUGAGAGUGAAGAUCUAACAAACCUUAUGACUGCAGGUGGUGUAUUGAUUUAUGAUCUUCUUCCUGAACUUGAUAAUCUCCUUUCCAGUCAAUCCCAGUUCUUGCUUGGUAGAUGGCUAAAAGAUGCCAGUAAAAUGGCAGUAACUGCACAGGAGGCUGCCCUUUAUGACAUGAAUGCUCGAAACCAAAUCACUCUAUGGGGUCCUACUGGCAACAUUUUGGACUAUGCUAACAAGCAAUUUGGGGGGCUAGUACAGGAUUAUUAUUCAGAACGCUGGAGUUUAUUUGUGUGGUGCCUGGUCGAAAGCCUUAAUACAGAAGUACCCUUCCACCAAGAGAAGUUCAAUCAGGCCGUAUUCAAUGUAGAAAAGGCAUUCAUUUACAAUGGCAAGAAGUAUAGUUCAACUCCCACUGGGAACACAAUAGAUAUUGUUAAAAAUAUAUUUAUAAAGUAUUAUCCAAAAGCAGUAAAGGUAAAAGAAAACCUAUAAUGGACAAAAUGCCUUCUACUUACAAGAGGUAAUACAACUACUUCAAGGAGAAUACUUAAAUAUACAUUACAAUCAUAAAAUAGGCAUAAAACAGCAUAAACGUAUACACAUUUGCUGUAUCAGCAGUCCCCUAAAAUAUGAAAGUUAUGCUGUGUAAAAAUAGUGCUGAAAUAAUUGCAACAUUUCAACUUCUUAUAAGGUGUGUUUUUUUUUUUUUUUUUUUUUUUUUUUUUUUUUUUGCCAAUCAAGAUUCUAUACAUAUGUGAGAAUAACAAACAUGCUGGCUAUAUAUAUCAUCAAAUAGGAGCAAUACUAAUGCAAUUUGAUACAGAAUCAAAUUCAAGCAUAUAUUCCAAUUAUUAUUAGUUUGAUACACUAAAUUAAUGUUCCCCAACCAGUGGCUCACAAGCAACAUGUAGAUUCCAAGCUAUUGGUAGUUUUAAACACUGUCAUAAUAUUGAUUUAAAUAUGGUACUAGGAUCAAAACUAUUUCCCUGGCAGCUAAUACUAGGCUAAGAGUCAUGUGGCUGCCCUAUCGGGGGAAGGUAACAUGGCGCUCUGGCUUGGCAGGGGUAUUUAGAUAAAGGAUUAGGGCAGGAAACAAACUUUGUUCCAGAUGUAGUACUUUUAUUAGGUUGACCACUCGGGAUAAAACACUACAGUGACAAUUAAUAUCACUAUAUAGUGCUGAGCAAUAUGCAGCAUCCAAAUAAUUCUCCCUUACAGAGCCCACCAAAUGCUGCCAUAUAGUUUCUACAUAAUAAUGCAAUUAAAUUCCCAAACAACCAUCAAACCCUUCUCCUGCCUUGCUCCCGGGGUUUUAUGGUCUUUGUAGAAAAUAAGGAACUUGGGCUGUUACCAGUUUGCCACUCUCUAAAACUGUUAGUGGUUACAUGCUAUAAAGACAAAGAUUUAAAGGGGCUUUCAUUUCACAGGACAGGCCAGGAAGCUUGCUUGGCUAUAACCACAAAAUUUCAUGGUGUCAGAUCCCAUUUGGCUUUCUCAGUUGACUCAUGUGUAGGGAAAUAGACAAGACCUAUGCAUAUUGCAUUGUGUUGCUUAUGUUCUUCAGCCUAUUUGCCUAUUGCUUAGUAAGGGCCACUAACACUGUAAGUAAUAAUACACUGGCACGGGUAUGGUUUACUUCAUAGUUUGAUUUUAUAAAAAAAUAUUUUGCUUUAAACUUUUUGCUGACUGUAGCCUUUGCCAAAAUGGUAGCUACUGUCUGUUUCAACUGCAAUGAC